UUCGACUUAUACGGAACGCGAUACGUUUGACUCUCGCGACAUUCGAAAAACCCGCCGAAAGUUUCAACCAUGGACGUUGCGUUAGUUGACGUCCACUUUUUCAGGGGGCGCAUCUGAAGCUUGUCGAUCGCUUUCAGGUUUUCACUCUAGUCCCGAGAUGUGUAUUUAAAGCCUUUAAAAGCGUGUCCGGUACGCCCGGUGUCCCGCCAAAGUUUUUGUUUAUCGAAAUAUUAACUGCAACAAUAGCGUGGUUCAAGCUCGGGGAGAGGCAAGUCGAGUGACCAUGGACGAAGUCGACAACGCCCAGAUAAUUGUUAUCUCAGAUGACGUUUGCCGGAGGGCGGGCAUUGCAACGACCUGGAUCAGUAGCAACAGAUUCGGGAUACACGCGUACAAACAUACGGACAGAUAUUCGCAAGAUACCAGAAGUCAAUUUGCGCCCUGCGAUGCCAAAGUGCACUUCCUCCGACCGGAGAUCAUACUGUUCUCGCCGCUUUUGCGCAAACUGGUUAACGAGAGCAACGGUAUCUUUCUGUCGGUCCAGAAGCUCAAGGCUUCCUCCUCCGGCGACAUUAGGCCGGAGCUUCUUAAACACAGCAAACAAUAUAGAUCUAUAUUGCGAGCCUGCGUGGAGAACCUGCAAGAGAUACUACCAAAGGAGCGGUUACCGGAAGAGAAGACUAUGUUGGAAAACUUUCUCACUAUAUUUUAUCAAGUGGAAUGCGUCUGGCAUUUAACGGAGAUUCUCUAUGUCGACGUUGUACCAGGCGACGUAGUGCUGCCGCAACUAUUGGAGUGGAUCAGCUUUCACUUUCCGUCGAGUGAACUGACAGCAUCAAAGAUCUUGUCGCAGAAGACCAUCGGUGCCGAUUUGAACAAUUCAAACUACUGGGAGGCUGUGAUAGGCUGUGCGUUCCAUGGCAAAUUAAAUCUAGUUUGCCGCCUGCUGGCGUUGCACAGCAAAGCGGACCAUUCGGCGUUCAUUACCGCGGAUAAUAUUAUCAGAACAAUGCCGGUGUACAAUGUGUACGGUGGAUAUUCUGUAAACGAAUUUAUUAUGCGUUGGAAGCACUGGCAAAUGGAUCUUUGUUCAAAUCUGGAGACCAACUGCUUCGUUAUAGAUAACGAUUUGGAGAUGCUCAUGAAGUUGAUAGCGGGCGACGAGUCGGUACUAUGGGAAUAUUCCAGGUAUACGAAUGCGUGGUAUGAAUUGUUGGCAGCAAAGUUAUUUUAUUCAGCCCCCUGCUGCAAACAGCCGGAACUCUCGCGCUACGCUAACAGCGUAGUCGAGAGAUGGCAAGCUAACAGACAUCUAGAUCGCGUGAUCCUUGCUUUAAUGGAAAACGACUUGUACCAGGUUAUCAAAGAGAUACAAUACAUGAGCGAUAAUGGCUGGUUUGCAGCCCACCUGAUGGAUCUGUUGUACAAAUGCGGGAAAUUAAAUAUUUUUAGCCAAGAAAAGACAAAUGUAACUGCGCAGCUUCACGAAUCUCUCAUACUGGAGUACGGAACUACGCUGAUGAGCCAGCGCUCAUUGUGGCAGUGUGGCGCGAGUUACUUAAUACAUUGCCCCACACAAGGCCUGGCUAGGCUAGAGAUCCUGUUGCAGUCGCUAUCGACGGGCACGGAGGCAAGACUGAACAAAAUCAUCGAUGUGGCGCGGGACAAUAAUUUGCCGCACGUUGUUACUAGCAUGUGCAAGAUCCAAGGGAUGAGGAGUAUAAGACAGGGAAGAUUGGGCAACGCUCUCACGUGGGCGCUCAAGGCACACGACGGCAACUUUACCACAUACAUCGCGGAUCAGUUUUUGAAACAUUACGCGGAAUACGGGGAACUGGAGUGUCGUGACUUGCUGGAGAACUUGGGCUCCUGCAUGUUGGCCAGCGACAGACUCACAUUUUUAGGAAAAUAUUGUGAGUUUCAUCAUAUGUACGGAAUGGGCGAGUUCCGCGAGGCAGCGAGUUUAUUAGUAUCUCUUCUAGUCUCGAAUUUGACGCCGAAGUACUUUUGGUCCAUUCUGCUCACGGACGCUAUACCGUUGUUGGAAGCGGAAGAUGUGAUCUUUUCGUCCAACGAUUGCUACGAGUUACUACGUUGCGUGGAGGCACACGGGGACGAUCCGAAAUUUAAAGACAAGAUAUCCAUCUUCCGAAUAGGCAUCGCACGAAAUCUCGCGCGAGCUUUGAGCUUGGAAGGCUGCCAGGCUGAACAUUGAUCCCAUUUGCUGUUAUAUCAUCCAUUGUUUAAAGUGGUAUCAGUAUUUCCCUUUAAUAAAUUGUAACUAAAUUUACAAAUACAUUUUCUAAUUAUA